UUGCCGUAGUUAGUUGGCAACAAUGGCGGCCGCCACAGAUGUCCACGUAAGAGUAUGUGAGCAAGAAAUAAUCAAAUAUGAUUUGGAAAUUAAAGCGCUUAUUCAGGAUGUUGCUCUGUGCAGUGGACCGCAGAGUACUCUAACCGAGCUCAACUACAAAGUGAAGGAAAAAUUCGGCCAACUCCGCCAGAGGAUACAGGAUCUGGAACAAAUGGGUAAAGAACAAGACAGAGAUUCAGACAAGCAGUCCAUGCUGAAACAAGUUGAAGGCCAUCGCAGGCAGAUGUUAAGUAACCAGACCGCAUGGAGAAAGGCUAACCUGAACUGCAAGAUGUCGAUUGACAGUCUGGAGAAAGAGGAGCUUCUUCAUGGUGGAGAUUCGUCACUGAGACAGAGGAAAAUGACCAAAGAGAGUUUGGCCCAGACGUCCAGUGACAUCACUGAGAGCCUGAUGAGCAUCAGCCGCAUGAUGGCCCAACAGGUGACGCAGAGCGAGGACACCAUCACAACGCUGGCCAUGUCAUCCAGGACGGUGCAGGAGACCAACGAGGAGUUCAAAGCCAUGACCGGGACCAUUCAGCUGGGCCGCAAGCUCAUCACCAAGUACAACCGGCGCGAGCUCACUGACAAGCUGCUCAUCUUCCUGGCGAUCGCCCUAUUUCUGGCUACGGUCCUCUACAUCCUCAAGAAAAGACUCUUCCCUUUCCUGUGAGCAGUGGGCCUUUCCAAAAGACACUAAACACACGCACACACACAAAACAAAACAAAAAAUGACUCUACUCUAACUGAAGUCUAAUCUGACUGCUUCCUAAACUGCGAUCAUUUGGACGCAUCGUGGAGGAAAAUGACAACUGUACUUUACCACUUUGCGCCUCCCUCUCUCUCUCUCUCUCUCUCUCUCCACGGCGAGGAUGGGAGGGAGAUAUUUCAGUGACUGUGAUGCAUGAACUGACCUCAUGUAACUCUGAAUUUCCUCCUCCAGCACAUUACUGGAUGGUCUUAUCUGACGAUUAAGGAGAUAAUUAUACACCAGUAACGUUUACUUUUUGCUCUCGCUUCAACAGGUUUCUUUCACAUGUCAACAUCUUAUACAUUUAAACAAUUAGUUAUCCUUAUCCUAACAAAUCAUUGUAAAUGUUGAAUAACACAGAAGGCAGCCAGAUUGAUUUACAACAUACGGUUUGCUGGUACUGUCUUGUCCUUCAGAGUAGUAACACCAUAUGGUGUUGUAAAUUCAGUCUUGUCUGUGCUUAAAUGUGGUUGGGACUACACAAAAAACGACUGAAGAUACAACUUAGAUUUUGUUUUGUAUCUUGUAUAUGUCUAAUUAUUUAGCUAGCAUAAAUUAUUAUGUUUGUCACUCUGCUGGUUGUCAGUGUGGUACAUCAAUUGUUUGUGCUCCACAUACAAACCGUAUACGGCCAUAUAGUUUUGGGAUAAUAUCUGGUCAUCUCUUUUUUCCAUUUAGUGCAUAGAUGGAUCUCAGGCAUGAUAAUUGUAUUAUGUGGUAAACUGUACACACACCCAUGGCAUUACAGUCCAGAGCAGGGCAGGGCCAGCGCUAGAGCUGUUUCCAUUGACCGGUCCUGUCGACCCGUGCUCUCAACUGGACUUGGCACAGCUGUGGGCUCCUGCAGUCAUUUAAAAGGAAAGAUGGAGUUGAACUCAAGCUCAUGAUGGCAACAGACAGUUAUGCUGGACUCUUGCCUUGACUUGGCAGAACGAGAUGGUGUCUGUCCUAAUGUCUGUCUAAUCGUAAGUAAAAAAAUAAAUAAAAGAAAGAUAAAGAAA